UUCAAAAAUCAACAAUAUUUGAAUGAUGCUCAUCCAUCCAUCCGUAACUGGUCAGCCACAAAAGCAUCAUUUAAUUACUUCUUGCUUAGCAUUGCAGAAGAACGUCUUUACUCUUUCAUUAUCUAUUACUCAUAGCAGUAAAAAUGGGUAAAAAACGCUCCCACUCCGAUUCCGCUGAUGAAUCUCCUGCGAAAAGAAGGAGAGAGAGUACGGAAGUCCGGAGUACCGACGAAGUCGGGUCCAAAACUCCCCGCAAAGAACAUUUGGAGGACCUGUACCUCCAGGGCCAUCUACUUGGAACGGGUGGCUAUGGGGCAGUUUUUGCCGGCAUUCGCAAGGCAGAUGGCUUCCCAGUGGCAAUCAAAUAUGCCAGAAAGACUGAAAAGAAGCUAGAACUGCCUGGACUUGACGGGCCCAUGCCAUUGGAGGUGGCGCUGAUGAAGCUUGUUAGCAAUGAGUCAUCUUGUGCCAACGUGCUCAAGCUCAUCGACUGGUUUGAUGGACCACAGGAUUAUAUUAUGAUCCUGGAAAGACCGGACCCAUGCGAAGAUCUCUUUGAUUUUUGCAAAAGGAAAGGAGGCCUCCUGUCAGAAGGUGUUGCCAGGCACGUGAUGGUGCAGGUCCUCCACGCCUUGCGCCACUGCCAGGACUCAGGCGUCCUCCAUCGAGACCUGAAGUCAGAGAACCUUUUGAUCAGGACAGACACUCUGGAGGUCAAGCUCAUCGACUUUGGCUGUGGCGAUAUCUGGACAGAUUCCCACUACACAAAAUUUUCAGGCACAAAGAUCUUCGCUCCCCCAGAGUGGUUCCUGAGCAGAGAGUAUCUGGCUGGCCCCGCCACAGUCUGGUCUGUGGGGGUUACACUAUUUACUCUAGUGUGCGGCUACCUACCCUUCCACAACCAGACGGCAAUCAUUUCAGGCCGCCUGAAAUUCCCCCCAUGGGUCUCUUCUGGCUGCUGCAAUCUAAUUCGCGGGUGCCUGAGACGCAAGGCGGCGAACCGGCGGAGCUUGGAGCAGAUUCAGCGCCAUCUCUGGCUGCAGCAGAAGUGACUGCUGACUAUUAUUGGGCCUUGUCAAUUAUUUUCUUACUGUUUUGAUUAAGGUUGAUUAGAUAAGGUUAUAUAAGAUAAGUUUUUUUAAGUUGUUAUAUAAGUUAAGAUUAUAUAAGAUACGUUUAUAUAAGAUAAGAUUAUAUAAGUUAAGAUAAGGUUAUAUAAGUUAAGGUUAUGUAAGUUAAGGUUAUAUAAGAUAAGUUUAUAUAAGAUAAGUUUAUAUAAGUUAAGAUAAGGUUAUAUAAGAAGAUUAUAUAAGUUAAGGUUAUAUAAGUUAAGGUUAUAUAAGUUAAGGUUAUAUAAGAUAAGUUUAUAUAAGAUAAGUUUAUAUAAGAUAAGUUUAUAUAAGUUAAGAUAAGGUUAUAUAAGAUAAGAUUAUAUACGAUAAGAUUAUAUAAGUUAAGAUAAGUUUAUAUAAGACUAAGAUAAGGUUAUAAAAGAUAAGUUUAUAUAAGAUUAGUUAAGAUAUGAUUGGAUAAGAUAAGAUGUCUUUGAGCCGACCCUUUAUCGUGUUUGAGGGGUUUGCGUGUUCCUAUGAUCCCAGGAGCUAUGUUGUCCGGGGCUUUAUGCCCCUGGUAGGGUCACCCAAGGCAAACAGGUCCAGGGUGAGGAACCAGACAAAUUAGGCUCACUAGACACCUUAUGGUAAGAAAAUCAUUGGAUCCACGAUUUCCCUUGCCCGGACGCGGGUCACCGAGGCCCCCCCUGAGCCAGGUCUGAGGGUGGGGCUCGAUGGCGAGCGCCUGGUGGCCAGGCCUGCACCCAUGGAGCCUGGUCAGGCACAGCCUGAACAAAGCACAUCAAUGGGCUCAUCACCUGUAGGAGGGGUCAUAGGGGUCAGGUGCAGUGCGAGUUGAGCAGUGGCCAAAGGCGGGGACCUUGGCGGUCCGAUCCUCGGCUGCAGAAGCUAGCUCUAGGGACAUGGAAUG